AAUCUUGUUGAGAUAAUGAAGCUAGGGGUCACAAAGCCAUACUAAAAUAUCUGUGCAAGAGCAAUACAACGUAUACUGGUAUGAACAACGGCGAAAUGUUAAUUUUUAAUACAAUAAAACGUUAAUGCAACAGUCUCGUCAAACAUGUCAAAUUGGGACUAUUUCUGCCGAGACAUGCUAGAGGUGGCUUUGAGAAACAUGUUGAUUUGCUAGGAGUGCAUCUUGGAAUACAAUGUGUGACAGUGUAAGAAUUAGCCUGCGAUUGCGAAAGUGAUUCUAGUUUGUUAACGAUUGCUUCAUGUAAACCAGGCUCUAACUGAUGUUCCUCUCUGACAGUCUUGCGAUACAGCAAACUAGCUAACAGAUUUUAGACACUUGGAAAAUUGCUAAGCACCACAAACUUUUGAUAGCUAUGGCUUCUACAUUUUGCUUCUUCCUGGUCUUCGUCGUCGUCAUACUCCAAGUCAUGGUUCCAACUGCCUGGUCAACGACGUCGUCCAGCGAUCAGUUCAUAUAUCCCAAUGUCUUCAAUGAUCCUCAGCGUGAUUCCCUGAUCGAGGGGACAUUUCCUGAAGGAUUCAUCUGGGGUGUUGGGUCAUCUGCCUACCAGAUCGAAGGGGCGUGGGACGAAGAUGGAAAAGGUCCGUCAAUUUGGGACACGUUUAGCCACACACCUGGUAAGAUCCAAAACGACGCCAAUGGCGACGUGGCUUGUGAUAGUUAUCAUCGAUAUGCAGAAGACAUCAGUCUGAUCUCUGGCCUAGGAGUCACCCAUUACCGGUUCUCAAUAUCCUGGUCCAGGAUCUUUCCCAAUGGUUUUGUCGAUGAGGUGAAUCCCGCAGGGCUACAGUACUACCACCGUGUGAUCGAUGCGCUCCUUGUUGCCAACAUCCAGCCUGCAGUAACCCUUUAUCACUUCGACCUUCCCCAGAGGUUGCAAGAUCUUGGUGGAUGGCAGAAUGAGAUGAUGAUGGUCUAUUUCAACGACUACGCUGACUUCUGUUUCAAGGAGUUCGGUUCAAAAGUUAAGAUGUGGUUCACCAUCAACCAAGCACUCUGCGAGUCCGAACUAGGUUACGAGGUGGGUAUCUUUCCUCCAGGAAGCACACACCCGGGAUACGGCGUGUAUCGGGUAAUCCACACCAUGCUCAAAGCACACGGGCGGGCAUGGCAUACCUACGAUCGCAAAUACCGCAAGGAGCAAGGAGGCGUGAUAUCGAUUAACAUCGAGGGUUUGUGGUUCGAGCCGUUGACGGAGGCACGAGCCGAUGCCGAUGCUGCAGAAAGAGCAAGGCAGUUGAGGAUCGGUCUCGUAGCGAAUCCAAUAUUCGGCAACGGGGACUAUCCGGCUGUAAUUAAGGACUAUGUAGGUAAUCGAAGUCUAGCACAGGGUCUCACUGCAUCAAGACUCCCCAGCUUUACAGAAGAAGAGAAGAGAUUGCUGGAAGGUACUGCUGACUUCUACGCCCUAAAUCAUUACACAUCCCUGUAUGUAAAGCACAAAAACCCGUCAGAGAUGAAGAUACCAUCAAUAGAUGAUGACAUUGGAGUGGAGUUAUCUCAGGAUGACGCGUGGCCGCAAGCAUCGCUAUCAUGGCUAAAGGUCGUGCCAUGGGGCAUGAGACGUGUUUUAGCGUGGAUCAAGGAAACAUACGGUGACGUGCCGAUAUACAUCACAGAGAACGGUGUCUCGGAAUCGAGCAGUCCUAGGAACUUGAACGAUGACGUCAGAUCGAAGUAUAUUCGCGCUUACCUGAACGAGGCCCUCAAAGCUCAUCACCUAGAUGGUGUCAAUCUACGUGGCUACUUUGCGUGGUCCUUGAUAGAUAACUUCGAAUGGGUUGAAGGAUACGAUGCCCGCUUUGGCUUGCACCACGUAGACUUUACUGAUCCUCAGCGACCAAGGACGGCAAAGACAUCUGCAAAGACCUACGCAGCGAUUGUGAACGACAAUGGCUUCAAGCCGAAGGAGACCGGUGCCAAGGAUGAGUUGUGACCUAGAGACAAUUUUAACUUAACCGAUCCUCAACGGCCAAGGACGACAAAGACAUCUGCCAAGACCUACGCGAAGACCUGCGCAACAAUUGUGAAGAACAAUGGCUUCAAGCCGAAAUAGACCGAUUCCAAGGAUGGGUUAUGAACAAGAGACAACUUUGGCCACUUUUGCCACCAAAGCAUUAAGAUUGAAUAAGACGUACUAUACAUAUUCGUAAUUACUAUACGACAGCGUUCAUUUAUUAAUUGCCUAAGUGUGUGAUAUUUCUAAAUGACACCUAAGUCAUGUUGCAGUUUGUUUACAUUUCAUUACAUGUAAGUUUUUGAGACAGAUGAGGGUUUUAAUUUGUACGUUAUCAAUUGUCUAAUUGUCAUGAUUGUACUGCCUAAAUGUCAUUGAAUUGAAGCAAUAUACUUUGGCGAUGUUCCUGAGUGUAUUAUAGAAUGGAUGGGAAAAUCCCUGCAAUCUGAUUGGUUGAGAGCUAUGCAAGAAUUUUUACUGGGCUGCAUGAACGAUAUCCACUGUAAACAAGCUAUCGUCCUAAAAGGUAAUUGUGAUGUCAUCGCACAUGUACUGUUACGCUUGUUUACGUCAAAAUUUUGAAUUUUCGAUCAAGGCAGAAUGAAUCAAAUAAAGGAUGCAAAAUGAUCUGUAAGUACAAAUACGUUACCGUAAUUGUCAUAGGGAUUAAAACUGCCUGCAUACUCGUUAGUUGAGAAGUCCAGACAUACGAUCUAACGUUUAUAGAUCUACUGCCCUGGGCUGGCUGUGCACAGCCAAAUCUCCACUGCGGGCCCAGGCAGCCGUAGGCACUGGCCACCGGCGCGGCCCGGGCAUACACACACAGCUAUUGGAGGUCUGAGGCUGCCUCAUAGAUCUAGUCAAUGCAAAGCUGUAUCUGGCAUUUUGGGUAUAAUGAUGCCUUUGUGCAAACAUAUUAUCAAGUUAGGCAUACAUAUUUAUGUUUUCCAGGGUUAUCAAAGGGUCUGCAGUACAUUUUGGAAUUUUCAUGCAUCCGGUAAAAAAUCAUGCGUCCGGUAAAAAAAAUCAUGCGUCCAGUAAAUAUUUUCAUGCGUCCAGUAAAUUGAAUUUACUGGACGCAUGAAAUUAUCAUGCAUCCGGUAAAUCAUUAAUUUUUGUGGUUUAUUCAAUAAAAUGUUUCCAUUCUAUAAAACAGAUGAUGCAUGGGUUUCUUUCGUGGGUCAGUGGAACUGUGUGCACGCGGUAACUUUGGCAUUAUGGUCUAAACCAUGCCAAAGUUACCUUGUGCACACAGUUCCUACUGACCCACUCUAACCCAUGCAUCAUUUGUAUACUAAAUCAUGUAUUUUUUAUUUUAUUGUGCACAGCUUGGGAUUGAUAAUGCCAUUAACAUUUUCAUUUUCCAAUAAUAA